CGUCGCGGUUGGAAAGAAGCUGAGAAAAAAGUGCACUUGCGUAUAAAAGCGAAUUGUGCGCCCAGAAUCGGUUGCAGUGUCUAACCGCUAGUGAUAACGUGCGUGUGCGUGAAUCUAACCUCAACAAAACCUCAUUCAAAAAUGGCAUUCAAGUACGUCAUCCCCGUCGCCCUGAUGGCCCUGGUUGCCUGUGUGAAUGCCGGUGGACCGGCUGCCUACUCGAUUGCGGCACCCAGUCUGGAUUACCACUCGGUCGGUUCCAGCCAGGAGCACACCGUCAAGGGACUGUACGGUCAGAAUGUCCUUUCGCAGUACUCGAAGGCCGUCGAUUCGGCCCACUCAUCGGUGCGGGUUCACAGUUCCCGGUUGAGCAACGAUGGACUCGUCUACGGACAUGCCGCCUAUCCGGCCGCACACUAUGCCGCUCCAGCAAUUGCCGCCCACUACCCAGCUGCUCCGAUCGUUCGUGCCGGCUAUCCAGCUUACGGACACGCCUACGGACACGCUGCCUACGGACACGCAGCCUACGGACAUGCUUUGGCCGCCCCGGUCGUUAAGGCCGCUUAUCCUGCCUACGGACACGCCUUGGCCGCUCCACUGGCUUACAGAGCCCCAGUUGCCGCUGCUCCCCUUGCUGCCCAUCCCGGAGCCGUGGUUUCGUUUGCCGGUCUCGGUGCUCAGUACGCCUGGUAAGCCGAACAAACCCCGGAAUCAAGAGCCAGAUUUUAUGAAGAACCGCCGCCACACACUUCCGGACCAUCUACAACUCCCCGCUCCGGAAUGGAUCAACUAGCGAUAAAGUCACCUACAGUCAAGGAAAUGUGCCUUUUGUGAAUACGUUUUGUUGUAGCUUUAAUUCGGUAACCAAAAGAAUAACUGCAAGAACUGAGAUUAUCAUCCCUAGCAAUAGACAGUAGUGUAGCUUUUCUACUUUUUUCGCAACCUUUUUCGGAUUGCCCUACUGCCGGAUGCCGGCAGUUAAACGGCCUGUCCGACGGUUUCUGUACAUACUUAUCCCGCUGUAAAAUGUUCACUCAUUCGAGAGAACCCUAAAAAAAAAUAGGAAGCAAUAAAAAUGUGAAUGAGAAAACCACACAAAGUGAAUCUCAUAAA